GUUUACUUGCGAAACUGCGAAGAGUGCAUAUACCUUCCUUCUAAUGCAUGUGUAGGGACAUGUUAUUCUGGAGGCAUUAAAGCCCCGCAAGUUUACCUUGCUAGUUCACCGGGCAAUGUCUGGCCUUGGCUUCCCCUAACAUUGUAAAGCGCCAUAGAGCGCUGUAGGUUGCUCAGAUGGCUCCUUGUAACUUACAUUUCUAUACGGUGACAGCACUUCUAGCGAUCCUUGCCACAUCUGUUGCAUUAGCCCAAGCGACGGAACUGUUCAAGGAGGAAACGAAAACAUGUCAUCCGGACUGCACAAAGCUGGGGAAUUGCAACGGCGAAACAGGGCAGUGUGAAUGCCCAUUUGGCCUAACAGGCCCCAACUGCAGCGACCGUCUGUUCCCCGCCUGCCACUCCAGCACCGAGCCGGGCUCCCUGCCGCACUACGGCAUCUGGUACCCCAAGAACUGCUACUGCGCAAAGCAGCUCCGACAGCACCCCUACAGCUGCCCGGACUACCUGAAGUUUGAGGGGGGAAGCGCACCCUACCUCUCACCAUGCUUCUACGAUAUCCUUAUGGAGAACAACCUGCUUUGCUACCGGUACAAGAGCCUGCCCGAGUCUGCCCAGCUGUCCGACUCGCCGCCCAUGGACCACCCGGACCUGGAGUGGGUGCGCAUGGCGCCCUACCCCAACCUCAAGGAGAGGGUGCUGGCAGGGGAGGAGGUGCCAAAGGAGUACAAGACACCGGACCAGGGAACGUGGCUCCCCCUGUCGAAAUGUCCAAACAAUUGCAGCCACCGCGGGUGGUGCCAGGUGCGCGGGGGCAACCACGCGGCGCACCAUCACGCGGACGACCAGAUCUGGUGCGCCUGCCACUCGUACUUCUCGGGGGCGUCGUGCGAGAAAACGAAUGAGGAGCACUGCUUCCGCAACUGCAGCGGUGUGGGCACGUGUCUGGGCGGUUGGUGCCACUGCCAGCCCGGCUACUGGGGCCAUGGGUGCACUCGGAGGAAGGCGUACACCAGCACUGUGGGUUGGCGACCAAACCCUGCGGAAGCCAAGAUAUACGUGUACGACCUGCCAACUGAGAUCAUCCACCGCAGGGAGUUCAACGACCAAUGGGCCAUCAUCGACACCAUGUACAACUCGGAGCUGGAGUUCACGGAGCAGCUGCUGGCCGACUGGAGCGUGCGUACGGAAAACCCUUGGGAAGCGACCUUCUUCUUCGUGCCCUUGUUCACGUACUGGUAUACGGGCAACGUGGGCCACCCCUACUACAUCAUCCAGCACGUGACCCACCACCUGCAGCGCAUCGCGCCCUUCUUCAACCUCACGGCCGGCAGGAACCACAUCAUGUGGGCAACCAACGACAGGGGGGCGUGCAAGCUGCAACAUGCGUCACCCGAGAUGCAGCACUCGAUCAAGGUGGUGCACUUUGGCCAGUCCCCUCGCCGGCCCUACCUCUUCCGCACCCACCUGCCCGGCAGCACCAACAGCGUGGCGGAGAUGACGGCCCUGCCGCAGCCGGGACACCGCUUCAAGGAGUUCCCGGAGUUUGGCAUCAAUGACAUCAUAGAGGAGCGGGAGUAUUGCUUCAGGCCUGAGAAGGACGUUGCAGCUCCCAACUACCUGCACCUGGCCUGGGUGAAUCCAGACAGGUACAGCAAGGUGUGGAGCACCACCUUCCUGCCCGAUGGAAGCCGACUGGUGACCCGACGGCCGGACGCCCCUGAACGCAACACCACGCUCUUCUUCGGAGGUUACUCAAAGAAAGAUAUGUGGUACAGUCAAGGUGUGCGACAAGCGCUACAUAAGAUGUUCGGAUCCGGUGGCAAGUAUGACCCUGCGGGCCCCAACGCCCGUCCAGACUUCCUUGUAACACAACCUCAUCCUGAUGCCCCCACGGAGAUGCAAAGGGCCAAGUUCUGCCUGGCCCCCAUGGGCGCCGGGUGGGGCAUCCGCCUGACUGAGGCCAUGGUGUGCGGUUGCGUGCCGGUAAUCAUCCAGGACCACGUGUACCAGGCUCUGUGGGAUGUUGUGCCGUUCGAGGACUUCUCCAUCCGCAUCAGCCGCCACGACCUGCACCUGCUGGUGGAGCUGCUGGACAUGGUCACGCCGCAGCAGCUGGAGAGGCUGCAGGCGGGAGUGGAACGCUACCACAGGGCAUUCUAUUGGGACACGCAAUUCGGCGGCCUGGCCUACAACUACACCAUCACCGCCAUCCGGCGCCGAGCGGUUCACUUGUGGAGCGUCAACUACCGCCGCCACCGCCGCCACCUGUUAUCAGAGCAGCAGCAUGGGCAGCAGCAACAGCAGCAGCAGCUGCAGCUGCUGCAACAUGAAGAAGGAGUAGGGGGUCAUGCUGGAGACGGCGAACACGUGCUGGCACUCGCGUAGAUGCCAAUGCAAGUGUUGUUGUAGUAACUGCUCUGUGAGAAGUGGUGCAGAUGGGCUAAGGAAAGGUGGUUUACAUUCGCUGCCUGGCGUGUACGGAUACGCACUGUGUGUGGUGUUUCGUGCACCUCUGUCAGAAGGGAGGGAAGGAGGGGGGGCUGUUGUUGUGGGCGAGCAAGGUGAGCGAAGAGGGAAAGUACAGAGGACAUUUCUAUGUGGAAAGCCAUGCGCUUGGUUGGGAAAGGGUUAAGGUGACCUACUUAUGCUGCGUAGCGCACUAAGAACUGGCGGGCUUUUCGAUUGCUACCUUAUUUGGAGCUUGACAGUUGUUACCUGUGGAUAGGAUGCCGAUGCUGAGGCUGUGGGGAAGUAUGGAGGGAAACUGGUCGCGAGGGAAGUGGCUGUGGAGAAGCGUGUGUGGCCUUCGCGAGCCUUACCUCGUUUCGGUUCUUAUGUAUGACUCACGGCAAGCACAUAUAUAGGUUUUUUGUGAUCCUGUAUUAUUUUUGCGAUACGUGUUACAUCGGCGUUCAAUGCACUGUGUCAUGAAGCGGCUGUAUCGGUCCAGUCCAGGGCGUGGGAUAUAGCAGCUGGCGAUUGGUUUUACAGUAAAACUGUUGUGUAGAUGCGCAUCUGCAUGGUACUGUAACAUGGUGAACCGUCUGUGUACAAAGGAGGCAGGUCUAUGUAACGCGCAACAUAGUCACAAUCCCGCCCCUGUAAGGU